GCGACCCAGUCGGCCGCCAUCACCGCAUACAAGCUAACAGUAUCUUAAAAACCAGUCAGUAGAGCGUCUAAAAACAAAAACAACAAGGUCUCAGAGCAGCCUUGUUCCUAAAGGGGCAGGUAACAAGUUCCCCCUGUCGCUUUCCUGGCGCAGAGAGUAAACUAGCGCUGCCUUUCAUGUAGUCUUUUAAGUCAACUUUGAAAAGAAAGUCGUUAUAACUGAUCAUGUCCAACCUAAAAGGCGGUACCAAGAAGGACACCAAGAUGAGGAUACGAGCCUUCCCUAUGACAAUGGAUGAGAAAUAUGUGAAUAACAUCUGGGACCUUCUGAAGAAUGCCAUCCAGGAGAUCCAGAGGAAGAACAACAGUGGACUGAGCUUUGAAGAGCUUUACAGGAAUGCUUACACCAUGGUGCUUCAUAAGCAUGGGGAGAAGCUCUACACAGGCCUGAGGGAGGUUGUUACAGAGCACCUUAUCAACAAAGUGCGGGAAGAUGUCCUAAACUCCUUAAAUAAUAAUUUUUUGCAAACGUUGAAUCAGGCCUGGAAUGACCAUCAGACUGCCAUGGUCAUGAUAAGAGACAUCCUCAUGUACAUGGACAGGGUUUACGUGCAGCAAAAUAAUGUGGAGAAUGUAUACAACCUUGGCCUCAUAAUCUUCAGAGACCAGGUAGUACGCUAUGGCUGCAUUCGAGACCACCUACGACAGACAUUGCUGGACAUGAUUGCACGGGAGAGGAAAGGAGAGGUUGUGGACAGAGGGGCCAUCAGAAAUGCCUGCCAGAUGCUGAUGAUUCUUGGCCUGGAUGGCAGAUCUGUUUAUGAGGAAGACUUUGAAGGUCCUUUCCUGGAUAUGUCAGCUGAAUUCUUCCAGAUGGAGAGCCAAAAGUUCCUUGCAGAAAACAGUGCCAGCGUCUACAUAAAGAAGGUGGAGGCGAGAAUCAAUGAAGAGAUUGAGCGAGUAAUGCACUGUCUGGACAAGUCUACAGAGGAGCCCAUUGUGAAGGUGGUGGAGAGGGAGUUAAUUUCUAAACAUAUGAAAACCAUUGUUGAGAUGGAGAACUCUGGCCUGGUCCAUAUGCUCAAGAACAGCAAGACAGAAGACUUGGCAUGCAUGUACAAGCUGUUUAGUCGUGUGCCAAAUGGCCUGAAAACAAUGUGCGAGUGUAUGAGUGCUUACUUGAGGGAACAAGGCAAGGCCUUAGUGUCAGAAGAGGGAGAGGGCAAGAACCCAGUCGACUAUAUCCAGGGUCUGCUGGACUUGAAGACACGAUUCGAUCAUUUCCUCCAUGAGUCUUUCAACAACGACAGACUCUUUAAGCAAACUAUAGCUGGAGACUUUGAAUAUUUCCUCAACUUAAACUCCCGGUCACCAGAGUACCUGUCACUCUUCAUUGAUGACAAGCUCAAGAAAGGAGUCAAAGGAUUGACAGAACAGGAGGUGGAGUCUAUUCUUGACAAAGCCAUGGUGUUGUUCAGGUUCAUGCAGGAGAAAGACGUGUUUGAAAGGUACUACAAGCAGCAUCUUGGCCGUCGACUUCUCAGCAACAAAAGCGUCUCAGAUGACUCAGAAAAGAACAUGAUCUCUAAACUCAAGACAGAAUGUGGCUGUCAGUUCACCUCAAAACUGGAAGGGAUGUUCAGAGACAUGAGCAUCUCCAACACUACCAUGGAUGAAUUCAGGCAACACAUACAAACCACAUCGGCAUCUCUAAGUGGUGUGGAUCUCAUAGUGAGGGUCCUCACGACUGGCUACUGGCCCACACAGUCCGCAACACCCAAAUGUACAAUCCCCCCUGCUCCUAGACAUGCCUUUGAAGUCUUCAGAAGAUUUUACCUUGCCAAGCACAGUGGAAGACAGCUCACACUGCAACAUCACAUGGGUGGGGCAGACCUAAACGCAACCUUUUAUGGAGCUGUUAAGAAGGAGGAUGGGUCAGAGGUGGGAGUGGGAGGAGCCCAAGUGACAGGUUCUAACACCCGAAAGCACAUCCUGCAGGUCUCCACCUUCCAGAUGACCAUUCUCAUGCUCUUCAACAACAGAGACAAGUUCAAUUUUGAGGAGAUUCAACAGGAAACAGAUAUUCCAGAGAGAGAGCUGGUCCGAGCAUUGCAGUCUUUGGCCUGUGGGAAACCUACACAGCGAGUUCUCACAAAAGAGCCAAAGUCCAAAGAGAUAGAGAAUGGGCAUGUAUUUACAGUCAAUGAUCAAUUUACUUCCAAACUGCACAGAGUUAAAAUACAGACAGUUGCUGCUAAACAAGGAGAGUCAGACCCCGAAAGGAAGGAGACACGACAGAAAGUGGAUGAUGACAGGAAGCAUGAGAUUGAAGCAGCUAUAGUGAGAAUCAUGAAGUCAAGGAAGAAGAUGCAACACAAUGUCUUGGUUGCCGAGGUGACUCAGCAGCUCCGGGCACGGUUUCUCCCCAGUCCUGUGGUAAUAAAAAAGCGUAUAGAAGGACUAAUAGAAAGAGAAUACUUGGCAAGGACACCAGAGGAUCGAAAAGUGUAUACCUAUGUUGCAUAGAAGACGAACUCUGGAUGAGACUGGAUGUGGAAAUAGGAAUUGUUUUCUUUGGGCUGUUGUUACGCAUGGACUGAAGUUUCUCUUAAGACAAACACUGGGAACCCAACUCAUCGUCCCUUGCAAAAACACAAUAAACUUUCAUGAAUGGGAAGUAAAAUCUUCACAAACAAUACAUCAAAUCUUCUAGACGACUUAUAAAUGAGGCCCAGUUUUUCUGCUCCCUGUGAGUUUUAAACAUGGAUGGAUCCAGCUUCAGGCUUUUCACUCUUUUACCCUUGUAGAGAUACCUUGCAAAGAAUCCCUUGGGAAAAUGUGAAUGCACCACAUUUUUUGUUUCAAUACUGUAAAAUAAAUAAAAUUAUUGAAAACCUCAAAUGUGGAUUGUUACAAAAUAAAGAUGGGUAUUGUUGCUCUGGUUUGACAUAAAAUUGUAUUGUCUGUUUUUCACAUCUGUCUCUUGCUUGUAUUUCUUUUCUAAAGCAAAUGUUCACUAUCCAGAAGAAGGUGUAUAGAAAUCAACUAUAUUAUAGCAUUGUCAACUACACAUUUGAGAUGUAAAUAAUCAUGGAAGAAAAGUACAAUUAAUGGAAAUUGAACUUGCAAUGUAAAGGCGCCUGAUCCUCCAACACAGGCAUUGUACUGAAGAAAUUUUUGGCAACUUUAUCAUUAAAAUGUAAAACUUUAA